UUAUACACUGACUUUCACUCACUGGUUUUCUUAUGUUGUGAUAAGAUAAUGAUAUUAAUGAGAAAUGAAAAACUAAAUCACCAAAAAUUUCAGUGAGAAAAUCAGAAGUUUAGGUGAAAUAUACAGUAGAAGUACAUUGCACAGAUAUAUGAACUGUUCCAUCAGUAAACUGCAGCAUAAUUCUAUUUUUUUCUUUCAAAUAUUAAAGUUUGUAUUUUGUGUGUUUCAGUGUGUGAGUCAGUUCACUCUCGAAAGGGACACACUCCAUACGGUUACCAAAGACAUGGACGGUGUCCAGGGAACAAACACACUCUGUGUACUGAUGAGGACGAGGAUGUGACGUGUCCAUCAGGCUGUCGGCUGCAGGGUUUUAUAGACGAGGCAGAAAGAGACGUUUAUGAGCAUCUCAACAAAAUCUGUGAAAAGACUAAACCAUAUAAAAGCGCUUCAUCGUCUACAAUAAUUAAAACGGCUCAGUUCUACGAAGAACAGAGGAAGAAUAUCGUCAAAACAUACAAAGAACUGCGCUAUGCUGAAGCCGCUGAGAUGCUGCACAGGAACCUGACGCUGUUACAGAAGAAGAUCACUGAGCUCUCCAGAGGAGUGCAGAUGUACCACAGACAAACUGAGGAUCAGAUCAAUGAAAUCCAGAAGUUAGAGGUGGACAUUGAUAUCAAACUCCGUGCAUGCAAAGGCUCAUGUAAGCAAACCUUUGACCAUGUGCCUGAUCAUCAUACAUUCAGAUCGAUGCAGGACACCAUGGCCACAUUCCACCUGACCUUCACAAACCAAAACACAAACUUGGCCAAAAAACUCAAACUGCAACCUGUGGUUCGACCUCAUGAUUCUCUCACAUACACUAAAUUACCUUUCGUCUACUCAGAGCUGCUCAGAAAGUUCAAGGGCAUUGAGCAAAAUCAGGUGGAGAUGGAUGAUGAGCUCCUGCAGGAUAUGUGGAAUUCUGAUGGAGAAUCAGCAACAUAAAUCACGGCAGUGGUGGCUCAAGUGGUUAAGGCAAGCUGCUGCUGUUGGGCCCUUGAGUAAGGCCCUUAACCCUCUCUGCUCCAGGGUUCUGUAUCAUGGCUGAACCCAACCUACAAAGUUGGUAUAUGUGAAAAAAGGAAUUUACUGUGCAAUGAAAUAAAGGCUUUUAUUGUAUUAAAAA